CGUUCCUCGCGUGCGGUUGUGCCUGGUCUCUUGCACUCUAAAGCGAGCGAGUGUUAGACCAUCCACCCGAAAACGUUAGUGUGUGUGUCAACAAAAUCUGUGCGGCAUUAAAAAUGUUAAUGAAUUUCCAAGCGCAAUACCUACAUAUAUACGCAAUAUAAACAAAACAGAAAAAAACAAUAACAACGACAGCAGUAAUAACGACUAAAGCAAACAAUAAAGUACCAUUAACAGCAUCAAUCACAAGCGAAAAUCUGUGCAUGUGUGCGUACGCUGCCGCAAAAGAAAUUAAAUAAGCCACCACCAGGAAAACGCUGAAAAACGAGAAAUCAAAAACAAACAAACAAAUAAAGCAAAUGAACAAAUAAAGCAAACAAAGCAAAAGGAAAACCUUCAGCGAAAUUCGGCAUUUAAAAUCCACACAUAAAAAAUGUAAUGGAAAGCAUUAGUGCUCAUAAAAAAUGGAUUUACACAGCCUUUUUAAGGCUGUUCUGAUCCUGUUUAUCAUACGAGUUGAGACAAACUACUUUGCAAAUGGUCUGGAUCUACAGGGACCGAUAUUUCUACAUGAGCCAUCGCAUCGCGUAGAGUUCUCCAACAAUUCAGGCGGCCUCAUUGAAUGCUCCGGCCAUGGCAGCCCACCGCCCGAGGUGGAGUGGACGCCCAUACCGCCCCAACAGGACAUGGUAUUUCAGCUGUCCAAUGGCAGCAUGAUGUUCUAUCCAUUUACGGCCGAAAAAUAUCGACAUGAAGUCCAUGCCACUGUCUACAGAUGCAAACUACGCAAUCUGGUUGGCACUGUGCUUAGCCGCGAGGUGCAUGUGCGCGGCGUUGUCAACCAGAAGUACACGGUCCAGGUGCACGACGAAUACGUGAUGACGGGCAACACGGCGGUUCUGAAGUGUCAGGUGCCCAGCUAUAUGUCGGAAUUUGUAAUGGUCACCGCCUGGGUACAGGACACGGGCAUGCAUCUAUAUCCAAACACGGACAUCGGCGGCAAGUACACGGUCCUAUCGAAUGGUGAAUUGUACAUAAAUAAUGCGGGGCCCAAUGAUGCGUACAAAAGCUACACAUGCCGCACUGUAAAUAGACUGACAGGUGAAAUACAAAUUUCCACAUAUCCGGGUCGCAUUAUUGUAACUGAGCCCAAGGGCAUGGUACAGCCGCGCAUUAACGUUGAGAAGCAUUCGAUGCGGCAUGUCGUACUUAAUGGCCAAACAACAUUGCCGUGCAUUGCUCAAGGACACCCGGCGCGUCUCGAGGACAGUGGCAAAUAUCUGUGCUGGGUAAACAAUACAGCGGGCGAGGAGACCAUUCAAGUGUCGCUCACGGUGACGGCUCCAUUGACCGCGCAUCUGCAGCCGCAGGUACAGACCGUGGAUGUCGACAAGGAUGCGCAAUUCCAAUGCAUUGUCUCUGGCCAUCCGGUGCACGAUGUCAACUGGCUGCAUGAUGGCAAACCCAUACUACGCGACAAUCGCGUUGAGAUACUUACAGAUCCGGCGCGUUUGAUUAUCAAGAAGGUGCAAAAGGACGACCCCGGCAUGUAUCAAUGUUUCGUUUCCAAUGAAUGGGAGCAGAUACAAUCAACAGCUGAGCUGCAAUUAGGCGAUGCUUCGCCGGAACUGCUUUAUUGGUUUUCGGAGCAAACACUGCAGCCAGGUCCGACGGUAUCGCUGAAAUGCGUUGCCACAGGAAAUCCACUGCCGCAAUUUACAUGGUCUUUGGACGGAUUUCCGAUACCGGACAGCUCACGGUUUUUAGUGGGUCAAUAUGUUACCAUACACGACGAUGUCAUCAGCCAUGUGAAUAUUUCAAAAUGCAGGAGGAGACGCCGGCGCGAAUAUACCUGCAGGCCCACAACGCAUUGGCAAGUAGUGCAAGCAGUAAAUACAUAUAACACACACACCUGCUACAACAACUGCUAUUCGAUGCCUUACAUACGUGAAAUGCCAAAAAUAACGGGCAUCUCUGGCUCUGAUUUGAUUGUUAAAUGUCCUGUGGCUGGUUAUCCCAUCGAUAAAAUACACUGGGAGCGUGAUGGCCAAACGCUGCCAAUAAAUCGUCGACAGCGCGCCUACAACAAUGGCACCUUAAUUAUUGAGCAGCUGCAGCGGCUGGAGGAUGCGGGCACGUACACGUGCAUGGCGCAAAAUAAGCAAAAGCAAACCUCGAGGCGCAAUGUUGAGAUACAGGUGUUGGGUAAGUUGCCGCUGCUGCCAACGCGGCCCACGACCAACAUGCCUAGCGAGGGGAUGCGUGCGGCCAUCUCCUGCCAGAUACUCGAGGGCGAUUUGCCCGUCAGCUUCCGCUGGGAGCGCAAUGGGAAGCCACUCAUCGGCACUGGCAACGAGGUGUUUCGCCGCUUGGAUGAGUACUCUGCCAGCUUGGUUAUUGAGCACAUCACAUCGGAUCAUUCGGGCAACUACACUUGCAUUGCCAGCAAUGUGGCGGGCAUGGAGCGCUUCACGGUGCCGCUGACUGUCAACGUGCCGCCGAAGUGGAUAUUGGAGCCCAAGGAUUCCAGCGCGCAGUCAGGCACGGAUGUGCUGCUGCACUGCCAGUCGGCGGGCUACCCCAAGCCCACCAUUACCUGGAAGAAGGCCAUUGGACCCACGCCGGGCGAGUACAAGGACUUUCUCUACGAGCCGACGGUGCAGCUAUUUCCCAACGGCACAAUUUACUUCAAGAAGAUCAGCAAGGAGUCGCAGGGACAUUUCCUCUGCGAGGCUAAAAACAACAUUGGCUCGGGUGUGAGCAAAGUCAUCUUCCUCAAAGUGAAUGUGCCCGCCCACUUUCCAACCAAAACGAAACAAAUCUCGGUGGCCAAGGGCAAACAGGUUCAUGUGCAGUGCAACGUGCAGGGCGACAAUCCAAUUGACUUCAAAUGGAAAAUACAGUCAACGCAGCAAUAUCUUGACGAGUCGCUGGAUUCACGCUACACAAUAAGAGAUCAAAUGCUCGACGAUGGCAUGGUCUCCGAAUUGGGCAUUUCGCACACAUAUCGCCAGGAUACGGGCAUUUAUAUCUGUCAGGCGAGCAAUGCAUUCGGACAGGUAAGUAUGUCCAUACAGCUAAUCGUGCAGGAGGUGCCCGAGCAGCCCAAGAAUUUGCGCAUCAACUCGCAGCAGUCGCGCAGUCUGCAGUUGACCUGGAGUCAGCCCUUUGCUGGCAACAGUCCCAUCGAGCACUAUCACAUCUACUACAAGCAGAUCUCAGACAUUUGGCAGAAUGCCGAGCACAUUGACAUCAGCGGGGCACAGACGGUGGUCAAUAUACAGCAGCUGCGUCCGGCCAAGGCCUAUCAUAUACGCAUGUCGGCGGAGAACAAGCUGGGCGCCUCCGAGUUCUCGGAGGUGGUGCAGGUGACGACGCUGGAGGAGGUGCCCUCGGGGCCGCCGUUGACAGUGCGUGCGGAGGCAAAGAGCUCAACAGAGAUAUCCGUUACCUGGGAUGCACCGGAACGUGAGCACUGGAACGGCAUACUGCUGGGCUAUUACGUUGGCUAUCAGAUGUCACUGACGCCCGAAGACAAGGAGGUGAACCCCACGCAGGGCUUCAGCUUCAAGACCGUCGAGGUGCGCUCACACUUUGGCGGCGAAACGGUGCUCAGCAAUCUCAACAAGUUCACACAAUACCAUGUGAUUGUGCAGGCCUACACCAGCCAGGGCAGUGGGCCGCCCAGCAAGGAAAUUGCUGUGCAAACAAUGGAGGAUGUGCCCUCAUCGCCGCCAGAAUCGCCGCAAUGCGAUGUGCUUGGCUCCACAUCGAUUUAUAUCACCUGGUCACCGCCGGAUAUUGAUGGACAAAAUGGCAAAAUCAAGGGCUACAAAGUGUUUUACAUAUCGGUCGAUGAGCUCUACGAAACGGAUCCGGAGGUUGUCAAGUCAACGAAUCAAUAUGUCACCAUUGAGAAUCUGCGCAAAUAUACAAACUAUACGGUUUGGGUUUUGGCUUACACCAAAGUGGGCGAUGGCAUGAAAACCAAGCCGUUCUAUUGCCGCACCCACGAGGAUGUGCCGUCGGCGCCACAGGCAAUCAAGGCAAUACCCGCGUCGAGCACAAAAAUCAUUGUGUCCUGGCUGCCACCCGAUCUGCCCAAUGGUGACAUCACGGGCUACACCUUCUACAUGUCCAUGCUGGAGGGCGGACGCGAGGAGGGCACACAUAAGCGACUGCUGGGUCCCUACGUGGAAAUGCACGAGACGGUGCGCACCCAGGAGUCGGCGACAUAUCAGUUCUGGCUAACGGCCUCCACCAAAAUGGGCGAGGGCGAAAAGACGCAAGUGGUUACAGUGCCUCCCAACAAUAAAGUGCCAGCGCGCAUAGUGUCCUUCAGCCAGCGCAUUGUUACGCCCUGGAAGGAGCAUUUGGAGCUGCCCUGUCGCAAAGUGGGUGCGCCCGCGCCUGUAACCAUUUGGCGUCAAGAUGGGCACAACAUGGAGACGAGCGCUAGAAAGACAAUUGCCAAGAACGGCACGCUCUACAUGCGCGAGUGCCAGGCCAGCGAUGCAGGCAACUACACCUGCAGCGUGGAGAACACAUGGGGCAAGGACGAGAUCGUCUACAAUAUAGUGGUUAAAGUGCCGCCCGAGGCGCCCAAUCUGACUGUGGUCAACACCUACACCGAUAGUCUGCAUCUGGAGUGGCUGGACAACAGUCAUGGCGGCAGUCCUAUACUCGGCUACGUCAUCAACUACAAGCGCGACAAUGGCGACUGGGAGGAGCUGCAGGUGGACGCCAAGACCAACUCACAUCUGCUCAGCAAUCUCUGGUGCGGCACACGCUAUCAGCUGUACAUAACGGCCUACAACAAAAUAGGCACUGGACUGCCCUGCGACAUAGUCAACUCCUACACCAAAGGCAACUCGCCAGUGCAGCCCAAGCACUCGCAGAUGAUAACCAACAACUCGACGAGCGUUACCUGCUGGCUUGACUCCUGGGGUGAUGGUGGCUGUGGCAUACUCUACUUCAUGAUUGAGUCGCGCAUCUAUGGCCGCUCUAGCUGGAAUGUUAUAUCCAAUCACAUACCGCCCACCGAACGCAUUUACACCGUCAGCGAUCUGGUGCCCGGCACCAAGUAUCAGCUCAAGGUAACGGCCCACAACAAUGCCGGCUCCACCACCGCUGUCUACAACUUUACAACGCUCUCGCCACAAGGUGUGCUUUAUAACAACGAACACUCUACGCCAGUUUCCCAUAUGAGCGAUCUGCCUUUCUAUGCCAACUUCAAGCUGCUGCUGCCCAUUUGUCUAUCGCUGCUGAUGCUGCUGGCGCUCAUUGCAGCCGCUUUGUUCCUACGCAAACGCAAACUGAACAAUCAAGCGCGUUUGGCCAGCUCAUCCAUGUCGGAGUCACCCUCGCUGGCCAAUCUGCAAAACAAACAGAAUCGCGAUCAACAAUAUUUGGCAGUGCGUUGUAAUCCCACAAGCUCCACAACACGUGGCUCCAACUCCAAUGAUUCGGGCAGCUUUGGCAAGGCCGAGGGCAAUGAAUAUAUAGAAGACAUAUGCCCCUAUGCUACAUUUCAGUUGAACAAGCAAACCUAUAGCGAGAGCUCCUACAGCGGCAAUGUCUACAGCGGUCCUUAUCAUUCAGUGCGCGGUUCCUUUGUCUAUCACGAUGUCAAGCCAGAGAGUUAUCAUUCCAAGGAGCCGGAGUACACCAAGGUGCGCCGAAAAGUUGGCCGCCUACGCGAUCCACAUUCAGAGAGCCAAGAAUCGGACAAUCCAGGUUCAACAGAUUCCGAAGUUAGGAAAAUCCUAACGCUUCACAUACCAAUUACAGAAUAUGACACACUCGGCUCCGAGUCCGACAAUGAUGUGUCUGCGCGCGCUCUUAACUCGGCCAAGUAUCGUGCACAACGCGAUACACAAGAUGAAACCUCAUCGUCGUCUGAGACCACACCCACUAGCAUGACUCGUAAAUCGAAGCCACCGUUUGCCCCACGCAAAGCCGGCAAACCGGGCACCAGUGGCAAGCGCCAUGUACGCAGUUCCAGUGGCUACUCCAGCCACAAUGAAGAGACUACUUUUAGCAUAUCCAACUAUCCACCAAACUAUCAGGACCACAUAAAUCCACCAGCGCGUUUUUCGGAUGCCAACGACAAGACGAAGACACAAACGUCGCCACGUAUGCGUGCCAAUCAGAAACUACCGCGGGAAGCUUUUCAAAUCAAUGUCUGAAUCACUAAAAAAUUUAUUAAAGCAAAAAUAAGAGCAAGUGUUUAAUGCAUAAUUAUAUAUGAUAAUGUAAAAUUUGUUGUAAAAUCCACCCAAUCAAUAAGGCAGACUUGGCAGACAGACAACAAAAACCGAAACUCAAACUCUAACUACAGAGAGCUGCAUUUCUUAACAAUAUUGUUAUUGAACAAAACCAGAAGAAAUAAUUCAACUAUUUACACAAUAACUGCAAACAAUUCAUGUUUGUUUAUUAACAAUAAUAUUUGGAUAGCAUUUUGUUUAGCCCAAUGUAAACCAAAUGCAUAAAUGGAAAUAAACAAUAAGACUUAUUUACACACUGAUUAUGCUUAGUUAAACUUGCAAAAGCUGCAUAAAUAAUAUUAAGUUAAACCAAAGCGAACAUAAAUCGUACGAAUUAAUGUUACAGAACAUAAGUUAAGCAAAACAAAAACAAUAAUGUAAUAAACAGCGGCAGGCCGCAGUUAAAAUGCUCUGCAGCUUGAAAUUAUGAUAAGCCAAAAGGGAGAUUCGACUGCAGAGCAUACAGACGAUAAUAGCAAACUAUACAUGGCCUUUGUGCUAAGCGGUGAAUAAUUAAAUAACAUGCAAGUGAAUGCAAAACAAAAAAUACACACACAUAUAUUUGUAUAUGUAUUAACAAUAACACACACAUAAACAUUUAUUG